CUGCUUUUCACGCUCUAUGACGACAACUACCACAUUUAUACAGAUGAAUCAUGCGGCUUGAACAAAGAAGGUGGAAUAUUAAAAACUUUUUUCUAAAGUUUUAACAGAGAUAUUCCAUAAUUAGUGUUUUGCAUAAGAUAAUCUUUCGGACGUUUAAUUUCACUGUAAAAGAAUGAAAUCGAAGUAUCUUUUCGGUGUUGCUGAUUUCGCCGUCUUCUUUGCAGCAGUUGGCGUGUGUCUUGUAAUUGGCGUAUUUUUUGCAAUUUGGGAAAGGAAGAGAGACACAACAAUCAACUAUUUUCUUGCAAAUAGGAAUUACAGAACUUUACCUGUUGCUCUGUCAUUUGUUGUAACAUUUCAAUCGUCUUUAAGUAUGCUUGGGUUUUCAGCUGAAGCAUACGUCUACGGGAUAGGGAUGGCAUAUUGUGCAGUCGGAAUACUAACUGCUUACUCUUUCACUGCAAUUUUCAUUGUCCCGGUUAUACAUCCGCUUAAGUUAACAAGCGUUUAUGGAUAUUUCAAACUUCGGUAUGGAAAUAACGUGCUAAGGUACAUGACACUUAUCGCUGGAAUUAUCUACAAUUUAUUCUAUAUGGCAAUAAUCACAGUUGGGACAUGUAUCGCCAUAGAAGUUGUAAUUAGAAUUCCCUUUUGGGGCACAUUGCUCAUUUACACAAUUUUAACAUCUAUAUAUACUUCAGUUGGAGGUAUAAAAGCCGUUAUUUGGACUGACGUUUUCCAAUUUGUUGUCAUUGUAAGCGGAAUAAUUGCUAUCCUAGUUAAGUCAAGUACCGAUGCAGGCGGGUCAGCUAGGGUGUUCGAGUAUUCACGUGAACGUUUUAAGACAGAUUUCAGUUUUGAUCCAACAAUUCGUUUUCAGUUUUGGAAUGUGUCAUUUGGAAUGUUUAGCUCACUGUUGUAUGUUACAUUAACACAACAAGCAAUGCAGAGGGUCUUUUUAACACCGACAGUGAAAACAGCAAGGACCAUGUAUUUUAUUUGUUCCCCAAUCUUUGCAAUUGUCACAGUAAUGGUGACAUGCCAGGGAGCAACCAUUUUUGCUUACUUUGUUGCAAAAGGUUGUGACAUACUUGAGGCAGGACUAGUUAAAAACGUGAACGCAAUUUUACCAAUUGCUAUAAGAAUUUUAUUCAAACAUCAAGCCGGUUUAGCAGGAUUGUUCACAGCUGCGUUAUCAAGUGCAGCACUUAGCACACUGUCUUCAUGUCUCAAUGGUUUGUCUGCUGUUACAUAUGAAGAUAUAAUAAAGGUGAAAUUUCCAGAGCUACACACAUAUCAGGCAACCAGAAUAUCAAAAGUCAUUGUUUUGGUGUAUGGCUUAGUUACUAUGGGGCUGGCAUUUGCAAUUUCACAUAUCCCAGGUUCAAUCGCAUCGAUUUUCUUUAGCUUCAUGGCUUGCAUGGACGGACCGAUAUGUUCAGUAUUUUUACUGUCAAUAUUUUAUCGUAGAGCUACAACAAAAGGGCUUGUUACAGGUGCGUUUUGUGGAAUGGUCAUAUCCUUCUGGUUGAACAUGGGCAGCAAGUUUUCUAAUGUUCCACCUUUUCCACAUCUUCCUGCCGGUCCAACAAACCAGUGUCAUAAGUAUUCAGACCAAUUCCUAUCAUAUGCAAAUAAUUCCGAAAACGUCAAUGUAACGUCUUUCCUUGCGGUAAAUAUAACCAAUACUCCGGAUUUCUCUACGCCAAUGUCAUCGACUAUCGCUGUAUCUAAUGAUGCCAGUGAAUUAACAGUUUUACAGAGAAUUUACAGCAUCUCUUACAUUCUCUUUUCGUUAAUUGGCUUGAUGACAUCACUUUUGAUAGGGAUCAUUGUCAGUUUAUUCACAAAUCCACCAAAGCAAUUCAACGAACGUUGUCUAUUUUCCUUUAGAACACACGUAAUUGAGGAAUUUUGUGGCAAUGACUUAUCAAAAAUAGAACAAACUAACUCAAAGGCAAAAAAUGAUGAGCAAGAAUUGACACACUUCUUGCGAAAGGAUGACGAACUGCAAAGAAAAUGAAUAAGGAAGUUGUAGGCUUAUAGAUGGAGAACUGACCUUUGUGCAUUUCACAAGGAGAUAACCACAAUUCUACAAUGUCAUUUCCCUUAUUGUCAUUAACAUUAUACUAAUAUAGAUCGUCCUAUCAUGUGGUCUAAACACACGUACAUGGAUAAUAAUAAAAAGCCUUAUUUAGCCUUGGAGGAGCCAGAAACACACAUUGACCUCCAACUGUGAUGAUGAUGUCAUGCACAAUGUACUGGAAGAAUUGUCAUCUGCUGCAGAUAUAUAUCAAGUGCAUUUGAUUUCUCUGUAUCGAAUUAAUCUUCACGAUGUUGGAUUUGAUAAUAGAACGAUUGUUGCCUACGGACAAUUAAGAUCGUGGCUUGACUACACAAAAAAGAGUUGAAAAUAUCAUUUAUGUACAUUUUAAAAGUUACAUCACUUACACUACGUUCCGAGAACAAAAGUGACGUCAACGAUCCCAAAGAGUGAAUGAUUUUUUUAUACCAUUAAAUAAUACAACACAACCAUACAAUGUAAUAGUGCAAGAAUCACGUGUUGUAUCAUACAUCGAAAGCAAUAUUAAAAGAUAUGUGUGUGCAGAAUUAGAAGUGGUUACGCUAACUUAAAAUCUGAAAUUUGGAAAACUGUCGGAUGUCAUGGGUCUUUGUUUAUCUUAAUCUAAUAAUAUACUACAAUCAAAAUAUGGAAUUCAUUCAAUACCAGGCAAUAUUUUAGAUUAUACGUAGUCAGUUUGGAAUUAUAUAGACUUUGAAAUAUAUUAAUAUUUUUCUUUUAACAGCAUUAAAUUUUACCGAGCUUUGAACAAAAUU